CAGACAGGCCCCUGGUGCGGGAUGGAGCCAGUACCUGGGGCUGCGGGAGCCCUGUGGGGCCUGUCAGGAGCUGAGGCCUUUGGCCCCACAGCCUCCACUGUCAGUCAAACGAGAAUCACAGAAUCCCAGACUGGUUUGGGUUGAAAGGACCUUAAAGCUCAUCCAGUCCCAACCCCCUGCCACAGGCAGGGACACCUUCCACUAGACCAGGUUGCUCCAAGCCCCGUCCAACCUGGCCUUGAACACUGCCAGGGAUGGGGCAGCCACAGCUUCUCUGGGCACCCUGUGCCAGCGCCUCAGCACCCUCACAGGGAAGAGCUUCUGCCUAAGAGCUCAUCUCAGUCUCCCCUCUGUCAGGUUAAAGCUGUACCAGGGUGAGCCUGGCUGAAAGUAGCAGUCACACCGAGCCCUCCCCUUGUGCAGAAGGCGCUGGGAGCUGCAGCUGGGUUCCUUUUACUGAGCAGCAUAAUUUUGGCAUUACAUGUCCUCCCUAUGCUCCUCAUGAGAGCUUCCUCACUGACAAAGCCCUGUACUUUCAGUGGUGUUUUGACAGCCAAGCCUAGAAUAAUGCCAACAGCCAUGGCUGCUGGGCCCUGCAGAUGCUUCUGGGAGAGGAAUUGAGCAGUUUCAUAUUUCUUUUCCCCAUUCUUUUUCCUGCAGAGCCAUGGAGGUCUCUGGGGGGCUGUCUUCCAGAAAAGAGUCCACUGUAUCUGUUCCCAGUGAGUCACAACCAACACCAGUACAGAUCACAGUGCUGAAAGCACAGGACCUGAACACUCUCAAAAGCAACGUGUCAGUCACUUCAGUGUGCGUGGAGUUCAAUGGAGUGGUCCUGGGAGAGUCCUUCAGGACUAAUGUCCUGCCAAAGGGGACAGCAGACUACAAUUUCACAACCAGCUUUGAGAGCAGCCCCAAUGGGCCCAACUCCCUGAAUGACAUUGCACAAACCCCUGUGCUCUUGACAGUGAUAGAAACAUUGCAAAAGGACAAGAAACAGAAGGACAGGACCACACCUCUUGGCCAAGCAGUGGUGGAUCUUCUACCUCUGCUGCAAGGACAGUGUUCAUUUCAGGUCACAGCUCCUUUACAUGCAGUGCCUACCUCUCCAUCAGAGAGCCUCCACCCAGAGGCCAAGGGUGGCCUUGAAGUGACAGUGCGCACCAAAGAGCCUUUGCUUUCUGCCACACAGCUUUCAAACAGUAACUUCCUGAGCAUCACACUGGAGGCAGCUUAUUCUAUCCCUGAAACGUUUGCUGCCACAGGACCCCUGCAAAACUACAUGGCUUGCUUGCAAGUACCAGCAGCUGGGGAGAAAGAACUCCCCUUGCUCUUCAAGAAUGGCAUCCUGAAGCUUGCUGGUGAGAAAGAGCCAUUACCCCGGCCCAAAAAGUGGCCCCUUGCUAACAUCAUGGCCCCUGGCGCUCUGAGCAUACCAAACUCCUUCAUUGUUGGUGGUCCCUAUGAGGAUGAGGAUGGAGAGCUCACAAAAGGAGAGGACAGGGAAUUUAGGAUCCAAGCAGAAAGCAUGAAGAGAGUUGUGUGGGACAUGGAAAGUCGUUGUUACCUGGAUCCUGCUGCAGUAGUCACUCUGCAGAAGCGCAUUGCAGAGUGCCAGUACUGGCCCAUGGAGGUCUGCAGGAUAUCUGCGGCCUUACCCAGCAAAGGGAAAACCAGCAAAGCUGACAAGACCAAAAGCCAGCACAGCGUUUUCCAGGAUCUUAGGGGGCAGCUCAGUGUGACUCGGAUGGGCUCAGGGACCUUAGGAAUCGGUGCUCCCCUUGACCGAGCUGCUCCCAGCAAGACUCAGAAGGAAGACAAAGAGAAAAGCACCAACAAGAAGAUGUCCCACAUGCCCAAAGUCCAGUUGCCAAAUGGCACUGGGGAAGCAGAAAACGCCGUGCAUCUCAACCUUGAAGGACAGCAAUACGUUGAAGCAGGAACAUUCCUGGUGAUGGAGAUAAAGCUGUACAAGGCCUUGGUACCAAGAAGACUGCGAGAGGAGCUCACCAAACAGGUCAAGCAAAUGAUUCCUCCUCGCCCUCUGCUGCCUCCCUGGACUUUAGGAGCCCAGAAGGCUGUGGAAGAUUAUCACCAUCACAUCACGAGCAUUGCUGCUGCCAUCCUAAAUGAAUGCCAUGAGCUCUUUGGGAAGCAGCUGCCUGACCAGACAACGACAGAUCACCAAACCCUGGAGGAACAGAAGCGUCAGCUCAACUUCGAGCUGAACAGCUCUGGCAAAUAUUUUGCUUUUAAGGAACAGCUAAAGUAUGCUGUAGUGAAGAUUGUGAGGGAGAAAUACCUGAAGACUACGGCAUUUGAGAGCCAGGAGCAAUUCCAGGCAUUCCUCAGUGAGCUCUACGUGUACCUCAUGGACCAGAUGCACAUUGCCCUGAAUCAGCUGCUGUUUGAGGAAGCUGCUCCUUCUGCCCCUCCAUCUCAAGUGACCCAGAAGCAGCUCUUGCUCUUUGCUCAUGAGGCUCAAGUCAUCAAGGACUAUAAGCUGGCAUCUCUCUACCACCAGCAGAGGAUAGCUAAGGACCAGUACAACGUCGAGUGCUGGCUGGACUAUGGGGCAUUCUGCCUCCUGAUCGAGGAAACAACCAAAGCCCAUGAGUGCUUCCAGCAGGCCCUUUCUCUGGAUCCCAAUCACAUCCAGAGUUUGCUGCUGUGUGGGAUUACAGCUGCCAUGCUGCAGCACGAUGAAGAGGCAAAGGUUUUAUUUGAGGAUGCCUGCUGCUUGGAGCCAUCCAGCGUGGUGGCCUGGACACUUUCAGGUUUGUUUUAUGAGCUGCAGGAUAAUAAUAUUCAGGCAGAAAUGGCCUUCCGUGAGGCUAAAAAGCUCUUGCAAGCACAGCUCGCCAAGGAGAGGAGCAUCCCUGAGGCUGCUGAGGGAGAAGGAGAGAAAGUUCCAGAUGGUUCUGCUGACAAACUGACAAAGGUGGUGGAGCCUGCCCCGGCUUGUGUGGCACCUAAGGAAGAGGCGACUGCACCAGAGGCAGCCCCGAAAGCGGUGUCCCCUGCUUCAGGACUUGGACAACCUCCCUGCACGAUCUUCAUGGAGACAGUGGAAUUCCUGAUGAAAGCCAAUGCUGUCCAGUUUAUUCACAAGGCCCUUGCCCACGAGCUGCUGAGCCUCCAGGGAGGUCCCUCCAGUGGGUACUAUUUGGUGCUGGCCCAGACUUACUUGCUGAAAGAAGAACUCUCCAAAUGUGAAGAAUGUCUCUGUGAGGCUGUUAGGAUUGACUGCAUGAAUCCAAAUGUUUGGGCUCAGAAAGGGCACCUCUGCUACCUGAAGAAAGACUUUGGUGAGGCAAAGGAGUGCUAUGAGCGAACCAUGGGGUUUAUGGAGGAUGCUGCGGAUAUGCACUUCGUCUACCUGCGCCUGGGUUCCAUCUACCUGGAGGAGAAAUUGUACGGUCGGGCGAAGAAGAUCUACCUGCUCGCCUGUGACAACUCCGCAUCCUGCCUCACCUGGCUGGGGGUGGGAAUCGCCUGCUACAGGCUGAAGGAGAUGGUGGAAGCAGAAGAUGCCCUCUCUGAAGCCAAUGCCCUCAAUAACACCAACGCUGAAGUGUGGGCAUAUCUCUCCCUCAUCUGCCUGCAUGGAGGACGGCAUAUGGAGGCAGAGCAGUGCUACAAGUACGUCCUCAAGCUGGGCCUGACGAACGACGCGCUACUGCGGGAGCUCCGCGCCGCCCAGCUCCGGCUCGGCUUCGGCAACCCGGAGCUCUGAGCGCCGGCUCCGCAAUAAACCCCCCUAUCCC